UUCUAUCGCAUCAAUUCGCCCCAAAAGUUGCUAUUUUUCUAUUUACGUCGUGUAAUCAGACUUCAGAGAUGACUUGGUCAACUCUGUACAGUCCGUAGAAUGGAAGUUUGUAGAUUUUUUUACUCACUAUAAAAUUAGUCUUUCGUCCAUCUAAUUUAUAAUUAGAAAACAUAAAUUAAGUGUUCUUAUCAGCCCACGAACAUAACACAGAAUGUAGAAAAGUUACAAGAUUGAGGAUAGUUUAAGAAAUCGAAAUAUCUGUGUUAAUUUACUUUUUAGCAUUGCUAAUUUAACAAAAUUAGUUAUUGUUGUUACCACUGUUACCAGUGCAAGACAAACCAAUUCUAAAGAUGAGCACUGGGUCAGAACUAAAGACGUUGGAACACGUCACCUUGAAGGUUCCUUAUGAAGUGCUCAACAAAAAAUUCCGAGCUACGCAAAAAGUAUUGGACCGUGAAGCUGCCUACGUGGCGCAGGCAGGAAAUGAAAUUGAGAAAUUGUUGGCGGAUCUUCCCCCCAUUUCCAUUUCACCAACGGUUUCCACCACCGCCAUGGAUUCGCCCCCAUCUUCUCAAAUAGUCAACACCACGACGACCCUCAUGGCCAACAACCCCAUAAUUAUGGACGAGGAUUCUGAGCAGGAAAUUAAUUCCGGGGACGGACUGAAUUUGCUCGCUCCAUCUUCCGAAAGUGGUUUGGGUGACGUGAUCGGUUUGGGUGGGAGUGGCGACUCCGAGACGAUGCUUCUCGAAGACAAUAUUAGUGAGUGUAACAGCAACAGCAAUUCAAAUUCUGUGGAUAAGUCAUCCUUCGAGUCGGAGAGCAACAAGCAACACGGGCAUCAUCGAGGCCCGAAGGGAAAAGAUGUAGCAAAACUUCUUGGGGCCUUGGUGGACAGGUUGGGGUCAUUGAAAAGAAAGGCCGGAGAAAGUAUUCAAGACGAGCUGGAAGCUGCUCGAGCCGUGAAACAGAGAACGAGCCAUUUGAAAUCGGUCUCCUCCCCGACUGAAGUUAUCACCCCUCCGCUCACGUACGGGAAAAGUACGAAGGAUACCAAAGAGAAACAAUGGAAACGCGUUCGACUGAACAGGAUGCUAGUUGACCACUUACUCAGAGAAGGAAUGUAUGAUACUGCUAAAAUGCUCUCGGAGGAGUUGACCAUCUCAGAAUUAACGAAUGUCGAGGUUUUCUGGGCCGCAAAAGAAGUCGAAGAAUCUCUUCAACGACACGAGACUGGGAGGAUGGUGGCCUGGUGUUAUGAGAACAAGUCCAAGUUAAGAAAAAUCAAAUCCACGCUGGAACUUGAGAUUCGUGUUCAAGAAUUUGUUGAAUUGGUUCGAUCUGGAAAGAGGGGCGACGCUGUGAAGCAUGCUAGGAAAUAUCUCGCCGAUUCUGAACCUGAACACAUCGCUGCCGUGAAAAAGUGCAUGGGAUUACUCGCUUUUCCCAUAUCCACAACCCUAACGCCAUACGCGGAACUCCUCAGCCCUGACCGCUGGAAACAUCUCGUCACCCAUUUUCGCCAAGAACAUGCCCGUUUGUAUCAACUUUCUUCAAGUUCCGUACUAGCUGCCGUUGUUCAAGCUGGAUUGGCUUCUCUAAAAACGCCACAAUGUUAUCGCCCUACCACCAAGAAUCCAAAUUGUCCUGUUUGCACAGAUCCUUUGUCCACGCUCGCAAAUAACUUGCCUUUUGCCCAUUGUGCCCACAGUCAAUUGGUUUGUGCCAUAUCUGGGGAGCCAUUGAACGAAAACAAUCCUCCCCUCGUUCUUCCGAGCGGUUUCGUGUAUGGGACUCACUCCCUGCAGGAUAUGGCUCGCACGAACGGCGGAAAAGUAAUUUGUCCCAGGACAUCGAAAGUGUUCAGCUUUUCGGAGGCUGACAAAGUGUAUGUAAUGUAAAGUUUCAGACAUAUUAUGUUAUUAUUAUUUUAGGCAUAAUAAUUCAUUGGUUUAAAUGCGUAUUGUUAUGAAAUAGGGAGAAUAAUAAAAUAAUUUAUGAAGGCUUUUGUAAUUUCCAAGUUAAAAUC